CACACAAUUAUUUGGACUUUUCGACUGUUGAGAGUCUUGAGACUUGAGAGUUGAUCUUUCCGCAUCGUUCAGCAACAAGCGCCCACAAAAAAUACAUGGAGGUAGAUCGGAAGCAAGGAAGGCAUUUCGUGCUGGUUCACGGAGCUUGCCAUGGAGCUUGGAGUUGGUACAAGGUCAAGCCACGGCUGGAGGCCGCCGGCCACCGAGUGACGGCGCUGGACAUGGCCGCUUCCGGCAUUAACAGGAAGCAAAUCCAGGAGGUUCACUCAAUGCAUGAGUACAGCCAGCCGUUGCUGGAGAUGAUGGCGACGCUUCCUCCGAAUGAGAAGGUGAUACUGGUGGGUCACAGCCUUGGGGGCUUGAAUUUGGCGGUUGCCAUGGAAAAAUUUCCUGAAAAAGUAUCAGUCGCCGUCUUCCUCACCGCCUUCAUGCCCGACACGCUGCACAGGCCCUCUUAUGUCUUGGAUCAGUAUGUGGAAAGGACUCCAAACGACGCAUGGUUGGAUACUCAAUUUUCACCUUAUGGUAGUUCAGAAAAGCCUCAAAAUUCAAUGUUCUUUGGCCCCGAGUUCAUCUCUACCAAACUCUAUCAACUAUCCCCCAUUGAGGAUUUGGAACUAGUACUUGCUUUGGCAAGACCAGCUUCAUUGUUCUUGGAAGAUUUGGCGGAAUUAAAGAAAUUCUCGAACGAAGGAUAUGGUUCCGUUACUAGUGUUUUUAUCAGGUGUGAUAAGGAUGAAGCUAUAAGAAAGGAAUUUCAACAGUGGAUGAUUGAGAACAGUGGAGGAGUGAAGGAGGUGAUGAACAUAAAGGAUGCAGAUCAUAUGGCAAUGUUUUCCAAACCAGAAGAACUGUGUGCUUGUCUCCUUGAAGUGGCACAUAAAUACGGUUAAACUUCUUCUUUACUAGACAUUGAGUUAUCAUAUUAAUGGUGGUCUUAUGAUAAUUGAAUUGUAUCUUUUGGCUUGAUUGAGUAAUGGGAUUGAAUCGUGUUGGUCUUUAUAUGUAUCAAAAAUAAAAUAUGCAAAUGUUGAUUUUGGUAAUGUUAGUAAUUUUAUUGAAUUAUCAAUUA